AUGAACAUAAUUCUGAUUAACAUUGGCUGGGACAACAUUUUUGACUGCUUUAAAGAUUGGAAAGGAAUAAACAUCAAGCCAAUUCCCUUCUUUGUGGAUUGGUUUAUUUGGAUGGCUAGAAAUAUGGCCAAACAUGAGGAUAGGGAGACCAGUGCUACUUGGGUGAUGACUAACUGCUGGGCUUACCUAAACAAACUAAUACACUGGAGGAAGUUCCCCAGGAUUCUGCAGACCACAACUUACAUGGGUUCCAACCAAUUCAAAAUCAUCAAGGUGAGAUGGGAGAGACCUCCUUAUCCUUUCAUUAAAAUAAACACUGAUGGAAGCUACACAAACAAGAGAGCAGACAUUGGGGGAAUUUUCAAAGAUCAUAAAGGGAAGACUUUGAUGUUUUACAAGGCCCCUUAUAUUGUUGAUGAUGCUUUGGAAACUGAAGCUGCUGCACUUUUCUGGGCUUUAAAUUUUGCCAAAAAGAACAAUUGGUAG